AUGAAGUUCACCCUCCCCAGUACCAUUGCCCUAUUUGCGUCGGCGACCACCGCCCAAACCAACAACACCUUCACGGGCAUCGACGGCCGCGCUCGAACGUUGAAGGAGGAGGCUGCCCUCCAAGACGAUGCCAAAAUCAACCGCGCUUGCCACCAGGAAAACGCCAACUACAUCCCGUCCCUUAAAGCCGGAGAGUACUCGACUAGU